AUGUCUGAUCGUGCCCAGAGCCCCAGCGGCAGCGAUGCCGGCUCUGACUCUCAGGGGUCCAGCUCCUGGGUCGUCAAGACAUUCUCUCGUGUCCCCAGUCCCGGCGCUGUCGGCCAGCCCGGUCCCGCCGUGCAUUAUUAUGGCGGUCUCGAUGGCGAGGCCGAAUCUUUCGUCUCUGACGAAGACGAGGACAGCAUGGUCAAGGGGCGCAAUUCUGACCUUGGGCUCGAGAUGCUGAUGGGAGCUCUCACUGUCGGAAACGGCAAUAACCCGGUGGAUGACUCCACCCUUUUGACGGGAAUGGAGGAUUCACCGGACCCAGCCCUUGAUGGCUUUUUUGAGGAUCUCUUCAAUAAUGAGGAGAAUGUUCAAGUAGCCGAGCUUCCCCAGGUCCCUGCGAACAACGAGGAGAAUGUUCAAAAUGCAGCGGUUCCAAAGCUCUCGGACGAUGAGGAGAACGUUCGGGAUGCCGCGGAUUCAUUUGGCCUGGGACUCGAGCUUGGAUUUAAUCCCGACCUCGCCAUGAACAUCGCCGCUAACCUCGACUUCAACUUUGCUCCCAACGUCGAACUCGCGGCUCCGGAGCUGGGGCGGCCAGCCCUCACGGUCCCCCCCCUUUUCCAGUUUACCACGGCCCGCUUCGCACUUAUUGAUCCCAGCGAAGGGGAGUCGGAGGAAUCUGAGGAAUCUGAGGAAGAGUCUGAGAGCGAGGAAGAGUCCGAGAGUGACGAAGAGGCGGAGAUGCAGGACAGCCCCGGGAACACGAGCUUCGAUUCGCUCUUCGGCGACAGCGAAAGAUCGGCUUCAAUGAGUUCCCGGAGGCAUAAGAAGAUGGAGCGACGGGUGCGAGAGUAUCUCCGCCGCAAGAGUUCUCAAACCCCCUCCCAGCCAUUGCCUCCCCUUCUCCCGCCACUGGGUCCCAAGUCUCUCAGGAGGCCGCGAAGCCAACGACCUGUCCAACACUUUAUUAUUCGUAAGAAGCCUGCGCAGCAGCAGAAGCAGCAGCAGCAGCAAACCGUCGCCAAGCCAGACUCGCAGGCCAUGGAAGUCGACGCUCGUCGAGGACCAAGCCAGAGCGGCGCAGAGGCCCAAGCAGCCGCUUCCCUUCUGUUGCCAACCUCGCCACGAGGUCCGAUUGACACCGGCAAUGUAUUCGCUCCUCUCGAGCAGCCGAUUGUCUCGCGACCCGGCCUUAACCAGCGACCCGCCACAUCGCGACCCCAAAUUAACCAGGCGCAGACGCAGAGGCAAUCGCUUCCGCUCUUGCUGCCAACAAUGCCGGAAGGGCCAAUUGACACUGGUAACGUCCCUACUCCUGCUCCUGCCCCCGUCGAGCAGCCAAGUGUCUCGCGGCCCGACCCCUUAACGAGCGGCCAAUUGCCAGCUCCCGCGGCGUCUUCUUCUUCGAAUGUCCAGAACCGGCCCAAGCUGCAGCCAAAGUCGAUUCUGAAGAAGACGUCCGCUUAUGCAAGUGCCACGCCCGACCCCAGGGCGGUGGAACUCAUGAUGGAAGACCUGUUUGGCAACCAGCGUCGACCGCCUAUUGUCCCUGCCCAGCAACCCGUUCUUCCUGCUCAAGAGCCCGUUGUCACUGCUCAAGAGCCCCCUCUUCCUUCUCAGGAGCUCGUUCUUUAUGCUCCAGAGCCCAUUGCCCCUGCUCAAGAGCCCAUUUUCACUGCUCAAGAGCCUGUUGUCCCUGCUCAGGAGCUCGUUCUGUAUGCUCCAGAGCCCAUUGCCCCUGCUCAAGAGCUCGUUCUUCCUGCUCAAGAGCUUGUUCCUGCUCAAGAGCCUGUUGCUGCUCAAGAGCCUGUUGUCCCUGCUCAGGAGCUCGUUCUUUAUGCUCCAGAGCCAAUUGCCCCUGCUCAAGAGCUCGUUCUUCCCGCUCCAGAGCCCAUUGCCCCUGCUCAAGAGCUCGUUCUUCCUGCUCAAGAGCCUGUUGCUGCUCAAGAGCCUGUUGUCCCUGCUCAAGAGCCCAUUGCCCCUACUCAAGAACCCGUUGUUCCUGUUCAGCAGCCCGUUCUUCCUGUUCAGCAGCCCGUUCUUCCUGCUCAGCAGCCGACGCAGCAGCAGCAACAACAACUUCCGCCUCGCCCCGCGGCGCAGGUCAAUCCCAUCGUCAACCAGGGCGUGAGAGCUCAAGUUCCUGCUCAAGAGCCCGUUCGUCCCGCGCAGCAGCCUGCUAGCGCUGGGGUAAGUAAUGUCGAGGCCGAACUUCCCAUGUCCAUGGAGUUCGAGCUUGGGCCUCAGCCAGCUGCUCCGUCGCCCACUGCUGGUGCCCAGCGUCCCACUCAAACUCAGGCGCAGACUUAUCUUGAGAACAUGCGGAGGCAACUAGUUCGGGAGAGGCAAGAACAACAACGAUUGCUUCAGGAGCAGAAGGAGGAGAAGCGACAGCAGGAGCAGGAGAAGCAGCAGCAGCAGCAGCAGCAGCAGCUUCGCAGGGCGCCCAGGUCCUUCGUCAUGCAAUACGUUGGCCCACCGCCUGCACCCGGAGCGACUCCCAUUGCCUCCAACCUUGCCUCCUCCAACGCCAUUCCCGGGCUAGAUAUGCUUGGCGGCGAUGUUACGAUGGGUGAAGCCGUCCCGCAAUUAACAGCGCCGAACCCUUUCCAUGCGAAUAACAACGUCGUCGCGCAGCCAGCGACCCAAGAAGACGUUAACAUGGAAGGCAGCGCUCCCCAAGGACUUGCUCAAUUCCAACCUCGCAGCGUCCAGCCAUUCCGAGGAGAGCAGCCGGGCGCCCAGCAAGGUAAUGUUCCCCGCAGGAACGCCGCGGUGCCAUUUACCAUGCAGCAGUUUACUGUUCCUCAAUCGAGCCUACCGCUCCCGGUAACUUCCAACGUCGAUACCGACGUGGUCAUGCACGGCAACGCCACUCAGGUAGCUCCCCAAUUCCCGAACCGCAACGUCGAGCGUCCUCGAGCACCCGCCAAGGAACUCCCCAACCUCAGAACCGCGGGCCUCGUGGCGAGCAGCCGGGCUUGCAGCAAGGCGUCCCGCCGGCGCCGACUUUACGGGGACGUCGUGAUGGGAGCCGAUCAUAGCCAGCAAGGACAAAGGCAGGCUGCCCCCAGACGUGACAUUUCUCAGGCGUUUUUGCCCACGUUCAACGUCGUCAAUUGGAACAGCGCUCCUCGCCCCAACACUACCUACGUUGGAACCGCCCGAGGCGAGCAGCCAAGUUACGAUCCCUCGCGGGCGAGCGUUCCGAGACGUGCUCCUGCCCAAGCUCCUGUGUCCCAGGUAAACGUCAUCAAUUGGAACAGCGCUCCUCGCCCCAAUAACACUUACGUCGGAACCGCCCGAGGCGAGCAGCCAAGCUUCGAUCCCUCGCGAGCGGGCGUUCCCAGACGAACUGUGGCGGCGCCGUUCAUCAUGCAAUCUCAGCUGCCUCCAACUCCUGUGUCUAUCCCAGGGCUGAUGGCAAUCGACCCACAGCCCGUCGUGCAGUUCCAGAACAACUUUAACUUUGCGAGGACCUCCGAGCCCGAGGGAUUCGACUCUGAAAUGGGCGGUCUCUACGACGAAGAGUUCGAGAACUUGACCGCGGAGCUGUCCCAGCUAAGUAUCAUCGAAGAAGAUCCCCCGAGGUCGUCAUGGCGGACGCCUUCGCGGCGCCCGAGCUGGUAA